UCUCUCUCACUGACAUGUGAAGGAAGCUCUUCCCAGUGGAGGCUGAUCCGCUUUCUGACUGACGACUCGCUGUUGAGCUUUCUUCCUCCAGCUACAAUCAAUGGAUCAACAUAUAUUAAGAAUGAGGCUCCAAGAAAAGCUGUGUACUGGUGUGAGUCUGGAACAGAGUUCAGCAACGCAGUCAAUAUCUCCACACACUCUGAUGGCGUUAUCCUGGUGAGCCCUGUGUAUCCUGUACCUGUGGGAGAGUCUGUAACUCUCCUCUGUGUCAUGAAGACUGGAAAUAUUUCCUCUGAUGUGUUUUUCUACAAAAAUAACAAACUCAUUGAAAACGAGAGACGAGGAGAGAUGAAGAUCUCUGCAGUGUCAGAAUCAGAUGAAGGUUUCUACAAGUGUCAGUACAAUGGAAGAGAAUCAGCACAAAGCUGGAUGGCUGUUCAGUUCACAUCCAGGCCUGGAAGCUCUUCAUCUGGCUCUCUGAUGAUCAUUCGGUGGAUUUGUGGAGUUUUACUGCUGAUUGUUCUGCUGCUGCUGUUGUGUUUCUACAAUGGAUCAAAAGAUUCAUGCUUCAACAGGUCUCAAAGUUCACAGCAGAGCCAAACUACAGACCACAGCAGCAACCAGCUGGAAGAUCAAUGCAACACAUACGCUUCUCCGAUCCAAGCUGAUGAUAAUCCCUAUGAGACAAUCCAAGAGACUGAUUCUCCUGACAGAGAUGAGUCCAGGAAAGUGACGUUUUCUUCAAUGGAGCUUCAGGAGGUCAAGAAGGGGAAGAAGCAGAAACCAGAAGAGGGCAGCAUUUAUCCUGAAGUGAAGACCACAUCAUGGACAGAUUCCAGUGUGACCUCUGCACAAGUACACUCCAAUGAAAGUCAAGUCAACAGGAGUCAAAGAGAGGACAGCUCCAGCAGCCACUGAAGAAACAAUUUAUUCAGAAGUCAAAGCAGAAACCACUCACGUUGAAUGAGGAGACUUCAUCACCACCACCAACAGAGAACUGCUUCCAGAUUUAUGGAGAGUCUCCACAAUGUCUAUACUGAGGAAGGUGGAAAAGAGGGAAACACUCUGAUCUAUACUUCUCUGAUCUGAUCAAUUAUCCCUUUGAACUGAAGAGAAAAUGUCAAAUAAAUGUAUUUUAAAAGUCAAACAGAGCCAUUAACUCUCAAGCACUGAGAGUGAAGCUCACACAUUAACUUAGG